AUGGAAUUCAACAUGAAUGAUGGGGAGCAAUUACCAACCACACCAAUCAGACAAGUCUCUGAUAUUUCCCAAAUUGCACAUGGUGAAAAGAGGUCACUUGAAGACAAUCAGUUAGAUGGCAAUUCUUCAGAACUUAUAGUCCAUUUACAUGGCUUACCAUCUCGGAGAAAAAGCAUCCGCUUACCUGAACUAGAAGAGGCAAAUGCCGUAUCACCAUCUAUAAAUAAAGAUAAUAGAUCACACGAGAAUGGUAACAAUAGUAUAGUCGAUGUGUCCGAAGAUAUGUCCUUAGACUUCAACAGAGGAACGAAUGACGAUAAAACAUCACCAACAAAAUCAACUUUAGAAAAUCUUGACAUAAAUAAACUAUUUGCCUCUUCAAAUAACGCUAGUAAUAAUCAUAAUGAUAAUGAUCAAAAUACCAAUGGUGAUAAGAUAUCAGAAUCCAAACUUUUAAACCAUUCUCCAAUUAAAUUAGAAUUAAGCUCUCCAAUGAAACAAAUGGACCAAGCAGAAAACGCAGAUGAGAAUGAAACUGCUAAUGAUAAUAGUCAUGUUAGAAAGAAAUUGAAAUUAGAUAGAGAAUCAGUUCCAAACCUAACACAACAAUUAAAUAAUAAUGAGAUGGAAAUGGGUGGGACAUCACCAAGCCCCAUUGAAAUGAUUGAUAUGCAAAUAAGCCCCAUUAAAUCAUCGUUAUCUCCUAUACAGAGGACUCCACCACAUCGUAGUAAUGAUGAACCACAACGAGAUGAUGAGAAUAACAAUGCCGCCGAUAAUAAUAACACUACUAAUAACCAUAUAUCUAGUGCACAUCAACUUACUCCACUUUACGAUAUUGAUAACCAUAGGGAGGAUGGAGGAACCAAAGAGCAGGGGCUUGGAAAUGAUGACGUUGAAGAUGAAAAUGAAGAUGAAGAUUUAGAUAAUUAUGAAUUCAAAGAUUUAAAAAAAAGAAAUGGAACAUUAGCUAACGAAAAUUAUCAAAUCAAUAAAAGAUUAAAUCAAACAGUAUCACGAUUAGAAAAUAUUAGAUAUAAAUAUCUAGAAGUAAAAAAAGAUUAUUCUUAUGUUAUGGAAGUAUUUGAUGAAAAGACAAAAGAUUUGAAAGAACAAAUUAAUCAAUUAUCGAUGGAACGUGAUGACUUAAGUACAAGAAGAGAAAAUUUGAAAACAAAGUUGAAAAGUUGCAAAGAUGAAUUAUUAAUGUUAAAUCAAAAUCAAACUAUUUUACAAAAUAAAUAUGAUACUGUGGUUAAUGAAUGUGAUAUUUGGAAGAAUAAUUAUCAAACUUUGGAAUUAGAGUCCACGAAGUUGAAAGAUGAGCUCAAAUUAAAGGAUACUGAAUUGAAUUCUAUUAGUUCUCAAUUAAAUGAAAUAGACAGACAUAUGUCAGAAUUGGGAGAUGAAAAUGUAAGACUUAAAAAUGAAAAUGAAUCACUGAAUUCUAAUUUGAAAAUCAUCGAAGAAAAAUUACAUUCAAAAAAAUCAGAAGUGGAUCAAUUGAAUAAAACAAUAGAAGAGUCAUUAGAAACACAAAGGAUUAAUGAAACAAGCAAAAACCUCAAAGAGGAAUAUGAGACUUUAUUGCUUGAGAAGGAAGAGCUAGAAAAGAAAACUAACGAACAAAUUGAAGAACAUAAUAGAACCAUAUUUGAACUUCGAAACGAUAUAACGGCAAAGGAGAACGAAUUUAAAGAUUUACAGGAUACGAAGAACGAGAUACAAGAACAAUUAGAAACAAAGACAAAAGAACUAGAGGAACUGAAAAUUCAGUACGAAGAUGUUAAUGAUGAUGCAAACAUUAAAGGUGCAGAAGUUUCUGAAUUGUGCGAAGAUCUUAAAGAAUUAAAGGAAUCUAAGACAUACUUAGAAGGAACCAUUUCUAAAUUAGAAACUGUCGUUGAUGAGUGGAAAACAAAAUAUGAAACUCAAACUACAGAACUAAAAAAAGUUACAGUGGAAUUGGAAAGUCUACAAUUAAGAAAUAGUGACAUUGAAGCCGAGCAUCUCAAAGAAUUAGAGCAUCUUCAUGUUAACAUGAGUUCUCUACAAGAAAUGUUGAAGGAUCACUCUACCACCAUAACAGAAUUACAAGAAGAAAAUGAGAAUCUGAAAAAGAUGUUAAAAGAUAGUAAAACUUUGUUCCAUGAAAAUAAAGAAGAAAAUGGAGAAGGAGAAGGUGAAGCUCCCGAAAAUAAUGAUGAAAACAACAUAGACAAAAGGGAAAUUGAGUCGCUCAAAAAGGAAGUAGAAGAAUGGAAGGAAAAAUACAAUACACAUGAGAAGGAUACCAACAAACGUUUAAAGCUUUUAGCAGAAGAUCUGUAUAUUCAAUAUUCAUCAAAACAUGAGCAAAAAGUGAAACUGUUGAAAAAAGGUUAUGAGAAUAAAUACCAAGGAGAAUUGUCACGUCUGAAUCUACAAAAUUCAGGCUUAAUUGAAGAGCUUGAGCAAUUAAACAAACAAUUAACAGCAGAGCGCAAGGAAAAACAAGACUUAAUAAAGAUGUUGGAUGAUAAAAGUAAAUUGAUAGAUUGA